AGAUCAGGCUGGUUGGGGGAGGGGAAGGGGCGGGAAGGGGAGGGUCGCAUGGAGGUAGCUUCACAGUGAGCGGUCGACCCCGCCGCCUCCCCGCAGAGCCGGGCCGGCUCCUCCAGCCGCGGCUCGGACUCUUCCCGGGAUUCGGAGGAGCCGCGGCGCCAGGAGCGCGGCCGGGGCGCGGAGCCCGGCGACUCGGCCGAGCAGCCCCGCGGGAGCCGGGACGCCUUUGCAUGAGCACGAGAGGACUGUGCCUGCCCGCAGCAGCCCGGGAAGCAGGACCCCGCGCGCGGGCCGUGGAACAAGGCGGGAACCGGAGGCGGCGGCGGCCAGGGGCGCACGGUGCCGGGACCAGCUCGCCGCGCCCUAUGGGGAGCCGGCGGCCGCGGCGCUGCUGAGGCGGGCCCCGCGGGCCAGGCGGGUGGCCGGGGCCCGGGCUGCAGCAGCCCCCUCUGCGGCUGCGGGGCCGGCCCGGGCACCGGGGGGCUGGGGGGUGGGGGGUGGGGGAGGACGCCGAGCGCCGAAGCGGGGGCCCGGGCUGGGGGCGCGGCGGGGCUGCGCGCACGCUGGGGCGCGGAGGGCGAAAUGAGUCUGGUUGGGGGCUUCCCUCACCACCCGGUGGUGCACCAUGAGGGCUAUCCGUUCGCCGCGGCCGCGGCCGCCGCGGCCGCCGCGGCCGCCAGCCGCUGCAGCCACGAGGAGAACCCCUACUUCCACGGCUGGCUCAUCGGCCACCCCGAGAUGUCGCCCCCCGACUACAGCAUGGCCCUGUCCUACAGUCCGGAGUACGCCAGCGGUGCCGCCAGCCUGGACCACUCCCAUUACGGGGGGGUGCCGCCGGGCGCCGGGCCCCCGGGCCUGGGGGGGCCGCGCCCGGUGAAGCGCCGGGGCACAGCCAACCGCAAGGAGCGGCGCAGGACUCAGAGCAUCAACAGCGCCUUCGCCGAGCUGCGCGAGUGUAUCCCCAAUGUGCCCGCCGACACCAAACUCUCCAAGAUCAAGACGCUGCGCCUGGCCACCAGCUACAUCGCCUACCUCAUGGACCUGCUGGCCAAGGACGACCAGAACGGCGAGGCGGAGGCCUUUAAGGCGGAAAUCAAGAAGACAGAUGUGAAAGAAGAGAAAAGGAAGAAGGAGCUGAACGAAAUCUUGAAAAGCACAGUGAGCAGCAACGACAAGAAAACCAAAGGCCGGACGGGCUGGCCGCAGCAUGUCUGGGCCCUGGAGCUCAAGCAGUGAGGUGGAGAAGGAGGAGGAGGAGGAGGAGGAAGAGGAGGAGGAGAGCGCGAGCCAGGCCCUGGAGCCGGAUGCAGACCCAGGACUCCGGGCGAGCUCUGCGCACUCCGCUCUGAGGACUUCCUGCAUUUGGAUCAUCCGGUUUAUUUAUGUGCAAUGUGCCUCCCUCUCUUUGCCCCCCUUUGAGGCAUCCGCUCCCCACCACCCCCUCCAAAAAAGUGGAUAUUUGAAGAAAAGCAUUCCAUAUUUUAAUAUGAAGAGGACACUCCCGCGUGGUAAGGGAUCCCGUCGUCGUCUUGUAGAUUCUCUGUUUGUGAAUGUUUCCUCCUGGCUGUGUAGACACCAGCGUUGCUCCCUCCCCACCUAUCCAGCCCCUUACAGAUAAAGACAGCUGAUAAUAGUG